AUGGCCCCCGAACCACCGCCGCCGAGCAGACUGCUUCUGACGAGCAAUGAGACGCCUAUUUGUAGAGAGCCCCGAGAUUCCGCGGCUGCGACACGGCUUUCAAACUUUCAAGGAACACCAACAGCGGAAUGCCAGCCAUGCAGUCAUUAUUACCCCUCGACGGCAACACUUCCUCCCCCCAAAGGGACGCACAUGCGGCUCAAGCCGCGCAUGCUGCAUCUCCGGACAAUUCAGCUCGUGUUCCCCGUGGGGCCGGCACGCCUCCGGAUGCAACAACAGUUGCCAAUAGGCCCCGAGGCCCUCGCAAACGGGACCGUGGGGAGGUGUCAAGGGCUGAUGUCGCGUAUCCACGAAAAAGAGCGACUGCAGCUUGUGCUCUCCAGGUUGGACCGCUUGCCAUCGUCUCCAGGACAAGGACAUGGCGGCUUGGUUGCAGAGCUCUCGUACGCUGCCAAUUCGACGCCCAGUAAUUCAGUCCCAUUAGAACCUCGGAGAACCACAGACGAGGCCCCUGUCGAGGUUCAAACCAUCUCAAGAGACGACUUGUCGAUCCCAUCCGCAAAGACGACAUGCGAGGCUGUCCUUCAGUGGCCUGUGCUGGAAUGCUGCUAUCCCCCAAAUUACAUCAUUGACGCCGUUUUUGAAACGGGGAUUGUAGAUAGCGACUCUGACGAGGAGGAUGAGAAGGAAAGCUCGAAUCUCUCGCUAUUAAACAAAUCCAGAAGACACGGGUUCAACGAAGAGGAUGUGUUGCCGUUGGUACAGAGGUUCCUCGAUCUCGUGCACACCAAAAAUCCAGUUCUCGAAGCCGACACUUUGUGGUCCUAUGCCCGGCGCGUAGCAGAAGAUGGACUUAAGUGGGACUCGAGGUCUUGCAUGGUGCUGCUUGCGUGCGCUCUUGGCUCUGUAGCCCGCUCAUUCCCAGAGGGCACCUCGACGCCUAGCCCUGGCGCCACAUCUUCGCUCAAGUCUCAGGCUGAAAGUCUUCACAGCGGCGAGGUCUACUACAACCUUGCUCGUCGAAGAUUUGGUUUGCUCCAAAAGGGAUUACUCGAACCCCAAUGUCAUUUCUUCGCAGGUGUUUACCUGAUGUACACGCUGAGACCAUUGCUCGCAUGGACACAGUUCCAUUCAGCUUCCAGAUCGUAUCAUGUCUACCUUCAGUGCCAGGCCCGCAGAACGAACUCCCUAACAAGCGGCUCAAGGUCUGCACGGCGGCGUCAACUAGAGCAGCGACUUUACUGGAGUUGUUACAAGUCUGAGUGCGAGCUCCGAGCCGAGAUGGAUCUUCCCAACAGUUCGUUGGCGUCGUUCAACUUUCCGGAUAUGCACCCUUCACCGCCCGACAUGGAUACACCGAGUUCCGACCCGGUGGACCAGACGAAUCCGAGUGCUGGGCAGCAACCUUCAGUGCCAAGCCGCCUAUCAGCUUCUUUGAUACUGCAGCAAGAAGAAAGCUGGUACUACUACUUGACCGAAAUCACUCUCAGAAGGAUCGCAAACGACAUUCUGAAUGAGUUUUACCAGAAUGGACAUGAAGGGUGGAAUACCGAGACAAUCGGCUUCAUGGCUCAAGCAGCACGCGGGUUCGAACAGCAACUAUCUGACUGGUAUGAACUCAUCGGUUAA